AUUCAUGGUGCUAGCCUAAACAGGCUAAAAGCCUAAUGCUGGCAUAGGCCAAACUUUUGAUUGUGUUGUAGUGUUAGAGAUAUUCUAGAGUCAGCCCAAGGGGAAUGUUGAGGUGGUGUUCUAAUUGUAUGUGUCAUCUAACAGUACCACAGAAUGAAUGCACUCAUGGAAAUGUUUGGUGACCUCAACUUCACUGUCCUGGGAUUCCCCUGCAAUCAGUUUGGUCUCCAGGCACCUGAGGUAAAUCAUGAAACCCUCAACCUUCUCAAGUAUGUAAGGCCAGGUGGGGGGUUUGUCCCCAAGUUCCCUGUGUUUGGCAAGAUCGAGGUCAAUGGGUUGAAUGAAGAACCUCUUUUCGCCUAUCUCAAGGAGUCUUUGCCCUAUGUGAACCCUGUCAUAGGAGAUGUAAAGAAGUUCUACUGGUCACCCAUCAAAGUCAACGACAUUCGCUGGAACUUUGAGAAGUUUCUAAUCGAUUCUGAUGGGGCGCCUUUCAGGCGUUAUGAACUUCAUGGCCCUACUGAGAAAGUGGAAAAAGACAUUGCAGGCCUACUAUAAAUGGAGUCAUCUGUUCCCUUUAUGGCUGUCAAGAAAGUGGGUCCUUCAUCAGCGGAGGCAGGAUGACGAUCCCUCAGUAAAUGCAGACUAAAUGCAGCUGAGCUGGAUCUGAUGGAGAAGGGAGAAGGACUCUGAGUUUCAGUGCAUUCACUCAGAAUAUUAGAUCCCUCCAGCCCCUGUUGGUGACCAGGAGGCAUAUCACUAUGGUCUCAAUAUAACUAACUGCUCCCUUUUGUUAUUGUUGCAAAACA